AUGGCCUCCGGGCGGCAUAUAGACUCAGAGUCGCCUAUGUUUUUUGGGUACUCCAUUGGCGACGACUUUCCUUUCCUCCAGAACGCCCCCGAACCAGCACCCGGCGCCCCGCUCCUCUCUGACACCGAGCAAAAUGACCUCAAUAAUUGGUUCGAGAAUAUGAAGUCCGACGACCGCAUAAACGACAACGUCACAGGCAAUGCCAUUCACUCAGAAAACUGGAUUGACAUCCCCCAAUUCGUAGGAUCGUCUUCGUCGUUUGGCCAACCCCAGGACCUUCAGCACGCGUCUCUGGGCAACCAUGUCUUGCCCCAAGAUGUUUACGACAACCUACCCAUCACCGGACUCGUCGCAAUCGAUUGCAACAUCUGCCGCAUCACCAUCGGCAUUGCUACCGCCCGUUGGCCACAUUGGUGGCUCACAACUUGGUGCGGGGCGCCUGUCAACCUCCCCAAGAGCACCAACCCGCGCGGGCAGUGA